UCCGCGGGGAUCCGCUCGAACACGCAGAAACAGUACCACGAUUGGAUAGCGACGCUGGUCCUCUUCCGCCGGAUGUACCGCCUGGACUCGGACGGCAGGGAGUCACUGGACAUUGCCGUCGCCGCGCUGCUGAAUCACCAGUUCCGGGACGGCAGGUGCUCGGACCUGGGGAGGCAGCUGAUCACGGCGCUCCUGCACGUCAUCCCAGGCUUGGCCCGGCGCAGCGGGCGGUAUCUGCCGCGCGUGUGCCGGGCGGCAGGCGCCUGGAAGCGACGUGAUCCUGGGCGCUCGAGGCUGCCGAUGCCAAGGACUGGGGUGGCGGCGAUCGCGGAGGUGAUGCUAUACCUCGGCCGUCGGCGGAUGGCCAUUUACACCACGCUGGACUUCAUCUGCUAUUGCAGGCCGCUGGAGGGGAUCGCGCUGCUGGGAAGGCUCCUGGUCUCUCCCGUGCUGGCGGCAGGGGCAAGUUGCGUGAGGUGGGGGCUGCUACUCCACGACUUCGAGCUCGGCCUGCUGUCCAGGACCGACACGUCGGACGACGCAGGGCUCACCGACCAGGCCAGCUGGACCUCCCCUGCGGUGGCAGGGCUCCAGGCGGCGGCUCACACGGACGCCUCGCUGUGGGACUUCGACGCGACGGAGUUCAGGCUGACCUUCAAAGCCGCCGCGGAGGUGCACAACGACGUCUUCAGCUUCGGAGACGUUGUGAUGACCCCGGCCGCGACGCUCGGGAAGCACGGGCUGGCUGGCCCGCUUUUCGACCAGUCGAGAGCGACCGGCCACGUGACCCACUUGGUUCACGGCGGGGACGUCGGCGCCCACCUGGCCAAGAGGCUCGUGACGAACCUGGGCCGGGCCGUGCGUCUCAAGUCGCUGCUGUUCCUGGAGCUCUUCGGGGGCUGCGGCCGCGUCGCGGCCAGCGCGCAGGCCAUCGGCUACGCCGCGCUCAGCCUGGACAUCAAUGCUUCGCCUUUGGAGAAUCAUCUGACGCCCGCCUUCCUCAACAGGGUCCUGGGCUGGAUCUCCGGCGGGGUCAUCGCAGGC